CCUUAUGUGCAUCUUUUCAAUUUUAUAUAUAUGUUGGAGUGAGUAGAUAUUGAGUAAGAAAUGCAGAUAUUUUUACAAGUGUUAUGUUUACGAAUGUCACUGUUCUACUCAUAGACUGUAGGUUCUACUGAGAAAACAUGUUUAAAUCAUAGACUGUAUGGUUUAAAUAAAGCUUUAAAAAAACUACAGACGUACCUGUCGCAAAGAGCCGCAUUGCUUUACGGCAAUGUGUCAUUUUAAAACUCGACAUGGCAUCCUCGUUGAUUUGCAGCGAAACACAAAGCAGGGUGAGUUCAGUGCUAAACAGAGAUGUGAAGCAGUUUGGAAAGAAGUACAUGUUUGACUGCAAUGAAGAGACGUGCUGGAACUCAGACCAGGGUGAAUGUCAGUGGGUGUCUCUGGAGUUCCCCCAAUCUGUCAAAGUGUCAGAGCUGAAGGUUCAGUUCCAGGGAGGCUUCUCAGCAAAAACAUGCAGACUACACGGUUGUCCAAAAGAUGGAUCCUAUACAGAGAUCAGCCUUUUCUAUCCAGAGGACAACAACUGUCUUCAGAGCUUUCCCAUACAGGAGGCCCCUGCAGUGGACAAAGUAAAAAUAAUGUUUGAGAAUAGUGCCGACUUUUUUGGGAGAAUUAUUGUUUACUCCUUAGACGUCCUGGGGGGAAAAGCCUCAUGACCAUUUUUUAAAAUCCUCUCGUGAGAGAGGAAGUGACUCCGGAGUAAGAGGAUGCUGGAUGGUGAGGUGGCACUUGGGAACAAGUCAGUGCCACCUCAUGAACUGAUGUGAACGUGGCCUUUUUUGGUAUGGACACUUUGUUGGAUCAGUCAAGUCAACUCACUCUUUAUCACUCAAACACAGAAGGCUUAUCGUGGAGUCUGAACCUGAGUUUUAAUUGCAGAUUUAAUGGAUUUGUUAUGAAGAGCAUUUUUAAUGAUGCUCUUUGUGUUUUUAUUGUGCCUUUAAGUUGAAGCCUCACUCCAGUGGAACACACAGUAUAAAAAUACUUUUUUAUUAAAACUUGUUCAGUUCUUUUUUCUGCCAAACAAAACUAUCCGCUGCACAUUUUAGUCCUUGUUUGUACAAAGUUUUUGUACACUCUAAUACAAUCUAAUGCAAACAAAUGGAAUAAAUCUUUUAAAAAAUAAA